CCGACCCAGACCACCAGAGCUGACCCAGACCAUCAGGACCCAGACCAUCAGGACCGACCCAGACCAGCCAGCUGAGUAUUUCCAGGAUGUGGGUGUUUCUGAUAAUGGUCUGCCUGCUGGAUCAGAACCAGGCCUCCCCGUUACCAUGGGAACACAGUAGCCUUCAGCCCAUCCUCCAACAACAAGCGGACCAAACCAUGCCUUCUGCCGUUCCUGACCAGCUGAAAACCUCCUCCUCUUCAUCCUCCUCAUCAUCAGCUUCCUCCGAGUCCAGCCAGAGUUCAGAGGGUCCUCAACAGCUGAGAGAACGGCAGGCGCUGGAGAACGCGGCUGUGGAGCAGGUGGACUCCGCCCAGGAGAGCUCGGAGGUCCUCCAGCCUGCCAGUAACAGCAGCAGCACUCUGUGGCUCCAGGAACUGGUUUCACUGGGAGGGCGAGCGGGCGAGCGAGACGGAGAGAGAGACACCUGGGACGACGACAGCAGAGAGCGCCGACACCGGGUUCUGCAGCUGACCUCUCACGGCCUCCUGAGUCCACCUCGACUCAAUCUCACCGCAGACCAGGAUGCCGCCGGGCCGGGCGAGGCCACCGGAGACCAGGGCGGGGCCAUCACAGAGGGGGGAGUGGCAGAAAAUGAAGUGGGCGUGGCAGCAGGAGAGGAGGGCGGGGUCAGAGGGGAAGAGAUCGACUCGGAGUUUCCUCACCUGUUGGCCGACGGCUCAGAGAGGCCGAACGGGCUGACCUUUGACUCCCACGAUCAGGGCCGCCGUGGAAACGAGGCGGAGCUAGAGCUGGGGCUGUAA